CAGAAACAUUGCCACCUAGUGGAGGAAAACUGCACAAACAAGGAAAUGAAGCUUAAACAAACUGAAACUAUUCUGACUUUGUUACCUGAACUCAGACGCCAUUAAAGCUGUAAAAAUCUCUGCUGGAAAAACAACGAUUUUUGGAAUAUUUUCAGCCUGUAGUUCAAGACAGAAGCUGGUGAGUCCUGAGACUGAAAGACUUUGGUUAGAAAUGGCUGAGAAAGCUGAUCUUCUUGAAUACCUGAACUGUCACAUUUGUUCAGAGACUUUCAAUGAUCCUGUAACUCUGAGCUGCAACCACAACUUCUGUUCAAGCUGCCUGCAGAAGUUCUGGGAACAAACUCUGAACAAAAACUGUCCCAUCUGUAAAAGAAAAUCAUCUAAAGAUGAUCCUAUUGUAAACUUCAGCCUGAAGAAACUUGCUGACUCGUUUGCUGGAAGACAGAAAUCUGAAUCAUCAGAGACAAAAACAGGAGAGCAGAAGAUCAUGGAGGUCUGCAGGAAACAUUCAGGAGAAACCAAACUCUUCUGUAAAGACGAGCUGAGAGCUUUUUGUUCUGUCUGUGAGUUUUCUCAGCACCAGAGUCACAAAGUGGUUCCUGUAGAAGAAGCAGUCAGAGAGCUGAAGGAGGAGCUGAAAUCUGACUUAAAGUCUCUGCAGGACAAGAAGAUGAAAUACAAAGAAGUGGAGGAAACAUACAAUCAGAUGAUUCAACACUCCAAGAAGCAGCUGCUGUCCACAGAGACACAGAUCAGAGCAGAGUUCAACAAGCUCCACCAGUUCCUGAAGGAGGAAGAGGAGUCCAGACUGGCAGCUCUGAGGGAGGAAGAGGAGCAGAAGAGGAAGACUGUGAGCAGAGAGAUGAAGAGGAUCCAGGAGCAGAUGUCCUCUCUGUCAGAAAGUAUCAGUGCUGUUGAAGCAGAGCUGCAGAAAGACAAGGAGGCGUUCCUCAGCAGUUCUAAAGACACUCAGAGCAGAGCCAGAGCCCAGAGCUCGCUGUCAGACCCACAGCUGCUCUCAGGAGCUCUGAUAGAUGUGGCCAAACAUGUGGGCAACCUGUCCUUCAGAGUCUGGGAGAAGAUGAAGGAGAAGGUCCACUUCAGUCCCGUCCUCCUGGACCCAAACACUGCAUGUGAUGUGCUUUAUCUGUCGGAUGAUCUGACCAGUGUGAGACGAGGAGAAACUGCUCAGCAGAUUCCUGACAAUCCAGAGAGAAACAUGAAAUAUGCUAAUGUUUUUGGCUCUGAAGGAUUCAGAUCAGGGAAACACAGCUGGGAGGUGGAGGUGGGAGAUCAUCCUCACUGGUACAUUGGUGUGGUUAAAGAGUCUUUUAACAGGAAGGGAGAGAGGUCUGCUUCACCAAAAGAUGGAAUCUGGUGUUUAUUACAUGAUAAUGGAAAAUACACAAACGCUUUUGGUCAGACUGUCACUGUGACCAAGAGUCUCCAGAAGAUCAGAGUCCAGCUGGACUAUGACAGGAGGAAGGUGUCCUUCUACAACCCUGAAGACAUGACUCACAUCUACACUUACAAAGACACUUUCACUGAGAAACUUUUACCAUAUUUCAGUGUUGGAGAAUCUGGAGAUGCAAAAACUUCUAAACUCCAAAUCUGUCCGACUGACUGAGAUGAUUUGACUCUUUUGUCAUAAAAAAAUAACAGAUCUUGUUCUUUCAUCACAAUGAUCAUUACUCUUUGAUCAAUCCACAUGAUCAGAUUUUCUUCCCACAAUCAGCAAAAAAGUCUUGCUGUGCAACAAUUAACACUAAAAUGAGAUUUUAAAAAUGAUUUCUUCAUUUUAAAUCUUUAUUUAUAGAAAGUUAAAAACACAAAGUUCAAUAUUUUUGUUUGUCUUCUGUAUAAAAAUGAUCCACAGUGAUCCAGAAAAUGUGACUCUGAUGUUCUGUAAAUACAUUUUCAUUAAAGGGUCACUGAAUCUGUUUUCUUUGAUCUUUAGUGUCUCAAAAUAUUUUACAUUUAAUUUCAAUUACAGAUUUCACUGCCAGACUGUCAAAUGUUUGAAAGAAAUCUUCAUGAAUAACAUUUUGUUAUUUAAUAGAUAUUUUCAUGUUUGGUUUCAAGCUCUUCUGAUGUAAAGAAGAGUUUGGCAUCGACUUUAUUAUCAACAUCCUCUUAAAUGUUGUUUUAGAGAAUCAUCAGGAAAUGUGUGAUAUACCAAAACAUGUAUUUAUGUGUUCAGAAAUAUUAUAGGAGUUCAGUUCAUUAAAAUUGA